UGUACUCGAUGCAUGACCCGACGUGCUUGCCAAGGGACCAUCGAGUUGCAUGCCAUCACUGCGUAAGGUACUGGAAGUGCUCGAACCGCCCAGAUUGAUCUCUCUCUUUGGUCUCGCUUGGCCAGUGAAGUUGGCCUGCAGUCGAGACAUCGAGUGGCAACACUUGUGCAACGAUAUCAGCGCACGCCUGCGUAGAGCGUCACGGCAGUCUGGGCGAGGACACGUCACCCGUCAGCUAACAAAAGUCAAGGCGAUCGCGUAGUGACAUCAACUUAAAACUCCGCACUUCCACCGCAGUUCCGUCGACGAUGCCGAAGCGUGGGCAUGUCUAUCAUUCGCCGUGGGAGGACCAUCCUACACUUGACGACAAUAAGCGGCAAUCCGUAUGGAGCCUGGUCUGGUCAAACCCGAAUAACGUGCCGGACGACAAGCCGGCUGUCGUGGACGGCUCUACCAGGGAGACAGUGACCCGCAAGCAGCUUCGCGAGCAGUCGCAGCGCUUGGCUGCAGGUCUCACUGAGGACUUUGGCGUCAAGCAGGGCGAUGUCGUCUGCCUCUUUUCUCCCAAUUCGAUACAUUACCAUGCCAUCAUAUUUGCAUGUCAAUGCGCUGGCAUUGUCUUCUCGGGAGCCAAUACUGCCUAUACGCCAACAGAACUUACGCAUCAGCUGUCAAAGUCAAAAGCGAAACUCUUGCUCGCUCAUCCUUCAAACUUUGAAGUAGCGCUCAAAGCAACCAAGGCGCUUGGCUGGACUGCAGACGAGCAGAAGCAACGCAUCGCCCUCUCAGUCAGACGGAGCGAGGUUGACGGCAUUCUCAAGCACGCCAGCGCGUUCCGACCAGAUCAUCCCCCAGCGGACGGACCAGCUGGCGACGAGAAGCCAAUCAAGAUUGAUGCAGAGCUGCUCCAAGCCUUCAAGACGAUAGACCAGAUGCAGAGCUCUAAGCUCAUGCAAGCGGCUGAGAUUCCGCAAGACAAGCUCGCCACAACCCUCGCCUAUCUCAUGUUCAGCAGCGGCACGACAAGCGCUGCAAAGGGCGUCAUGACUUCUCAACUCAACAUGACUUCAGUCCUGUCCGGGCUCCAUCCCUUCAAGUGCACAUCCGACGAUGUCCAUCUAGCGUUCUUGCCGUUCUCACAUAUCUAUGCGCUCACAAAGGUCGUUCACUGGCCCAUCCUCGAAGGCUGCACAGUAGUGAUCAUGCCCAAGUUCAAUCUCAAGCAUUUCUGCGAGCUUGUCCAACGAUACAAGGCUACCAUCGUUAUGCUCGUGCCGCCCGUUGCGCUUCAGCUUGCAAAAGAUCCCAUUGUCGACGAUUACGAUUUCGGCAGCCUUCGAUUAGUCGUAUCAGGCGCUGCGCCUAUGGGUGCUGAGCUCGAAAAGACAGUCGCCGAGCGGUUAGGAUGCCAUGUUGCCCAGGCGUAUGGUCUAACCGAAUCAAGCCCCACGACGCACUUUUGCUCGCCAGAAGCGCCAAGGACAGGAUCAAUCGGAUUCCUCUUGCCCGGCGUACGCGGUCGACUCGUCGAUCCGGAGACGAUGAAAGACAUUACCGAGGAGGGCAGAGAGGGCGAGCUCUGGAUGCAGGGUGACAACAUCAUGAUGGGCUACUUUGAAAACGAAGAGGCCACUAAGGAGACGCUUGUCGAGGAUCACUGGCUCAGGACAGGAGACAUUGCGACUUGCAUCGAGGACUACUGGACCAUAACAGACAGAAUGAAAGAGCUGCUCAAAGUCUUAGGCUACCAAGUACCGCCUGCGAGUCUUGAAGCGACUUGUCUCACUCAUCCUCACGUCAAAGAUGUCGGAGUCGUCGGCGUCUAUAGCGAAGGCCGCGCUUCAGAAUUCCCUCGAGCGUACAUCGUUCCCUCUGACCCGACCGCGGCCGCGAAGAACGAAGCGGCAUACAAAAAGGCAAUACAGGAUCACGUCACAUCGCGUGUUCCGAAGCACUUCAGACUCGGCGGAGGCAUCAUCUUCAUCGAAGAGAUCCCCAAGUCGGCCUCUGGCAAGAUCCUCAGACGCGUCUUACGCGAGCGAGUGAAGAAGGAGCCAUACCAGGAGGAGGCAAGGCAGUCGAAACUAUGAGCUACCCGUAAUGUGGACAGACCUUCCAAAGGUACGAGACAUAGGCAAGAGCGCAACGGUUCGGUAUCAUGCAGACACUGUGUAUAGCAGCAUCAGAUGCAAGCGA